UAUUGCACUUCCCUAUUUUGUUAAAUAACGAGUGCUUGUUGUUGGUUGUCUAAUUUUUGUUCAACAAACUGCGUAAAACCACUGUGAAAUGUGUUUUAAUGGGAUUUACAUGAGUGAUUAUACAAUAUAAAAUGAUAACCUUCGGCGGUGGCAACAGUUCUGCGUUGGAAGAUUCAGGCGAAGUAAGAAGUAUAUGUGAAAGUGUAUGUAGUGAUGGCUCGAAUGCUACGGUGCAGGCUGGCUCGAAUAACGCGCGGCCACGGAUGGAUAUUGCCUGUGUUUUGGAUGUCACCCAAACUACCAACCUAGCUCAUAGAAAGAGGGCUCUAGAAGAAGUUCGCCUAGCCUCUGAGCUGGUCAAUGCUAAUUUGCAUCAUAUACCAUUUGAAAAAUUGGACUUUGGGGAGACAAAUGUAUUAGAUACAUUUUACAAUGCAGAUGUAGCACUAGUGGACUUAAGCCUGCAACUCCAACAGAGUUCUCUACUCUACCAUCUUGGGGUGCGUGAGAGUUUUGACAUGAAAGAGAAUGUUCUUCUGUACAAUGAUAUUGAACCCGAUGCAACACUUCGGCUGAAGAUAUCACUUCCGAAUUUCCUGUUUGUGUCAUACAAGUUGACAGAUGCUGGUACUUGUGUCACAACCAAUCCAGCGGCUACCAAGUUCAAAGGAGAAGAAGCUGCUGAUCCUAAACAACACCUCACACUGCGAUUGAAAAAUAUACUCCAAGAUGUUGAAGUUCAAACCAAAGCGCAUCUCCAAGAGAAAUUCCUGUCGGACCUUCGCAAAGCCCGGGAGAUAUACAGUGGCCAGGAGUUGUCCAACGUCCUCCACGCAAUGAGACGGAGACUGGACGACCCAGCAGUGCUGUCUGGAGACACAAUCCUCAAUAUGCUGAUAUCCUACAGAGAGAUACAGGAUUAUGACGCCAUUGUGCAAGUCGUUGAUGACUUGAAAACUAUCAUGAACCGGAAGAACUAUGUUAACAUGCCCAUUAUACGGUUCAUGUAUGCGUUCGCUAUGAAUAGGCGCAACAAAGAAGGCGAUAGAGAAAACGCUUUGAAGGUGUGUGUGAAAGCGCUAGAGAAGAAGGAGAAUCGCUUCCCGGACAUGCUGUGCCUUUGCGGCCGUAUCUACAAGGACAAGUUCGUCGAGUCCCAGCAUUCUGACAGCGAGAGCUUGCAAAAUGCUAUACAUUGGUACAGACAAGGUUUUGAAGUGCAACCCAAUGAGUACGCAGGCAUCAAUCUAGCGACAUUAUUGGUUAUUGCUGGCAAUGACUUCAAGAACUCACAGGAAUUACAACACAUCGGUAUGGUACUCAACCAUCUUAUCGGGAAGAAAGGUAGUCUAUCGUCUUUGAAAGACUACUGGGAUGUGGCAACGUUCUUCGAGAUAUCCGUGUUAGCUCAGGACUAUGUAAAAGCGAUCCAAGCAGCCGAAUGUAUGUUCAAACUCAAGCCACCUAACUGGUACCUGAAGUCAACUAUUGGAAACAUCGAACUUAUUGACAGGUUUAGAAAGAAGAGCGAGGAGACAUCGCCGGAACAGCAGAUAUUCUCUUUCUGGAUGGAGUUCUUCGUCGAAGCUACUAAGAGCAGCUGCGACAAUAUUAUACGUUUUCCGGUGCUGAUAUUGGAAACGACUAAAGUAUACAUGCCAUCAUACGUAAACGUCAACAUGGGCGCGGAACAGAAAUCAGUGGAGAUACUCAACCUUUGCCUGGAGUCCAUCAAGGGAGAAUGUCGGCAGGUCCAUCGAUGGCUGUUCACUUCUGACAUGAUUCGGACUUACAGUCUAUACAAACGUGACGAAAGAUGUCUGUUCUUGUACGUGAGUGAGAAUUCUGACGACUUCCAAAUCUUCCUGCCAUCUGAAGGUUGUAGGGAGCGUCUACAUGACUUGUUGGGGGAGUUGACAGCUGACCAUGAGAAGGUUGCUGAACUGGAUACUAGUGUCAUGCAGGAUCAACUCAAGUUCGAGUACGAGCUAGACGACAUUGGCAAGCGGGUCGUCCUGGGUAAAGGCACGUACGGCGUGGUGUAUGCCGCGCGCGACCUCAACACUCAGGUGCGGAUUGCCGUGAAGGAGAUCCCUGAGAAGAACCUGGGCGACGUCCAGCCUCUACAUGAAGAAAUCUUAUUGCAUUCUCAGUUGAGACACAGGAAUAUUGUCCAGUACUUGGGUUCGAUAUCUGAAGACAACUACUUCAAGAUAUUCAUGGAGCAAGUCCCUGGAGGAUCGCUAUCAGCUCUGCUUCGCUCCAAAUGGGGACCGCUCAAAGAAAACGAAGCUACCAUCGCCUAUUACACUAAACAGAUACUAGAAGGUCUAAAAUAUCUCCACGACCAGAAAAUAGUUCAUCGCGAUAUAAAGGGCGAUAACGUGCUAGUGAACACUUACAGCGGUGUCGUCAAGAUAUCAGACUUCGGAACGUCGAAGCGAUUGGCCGGAUUGUGUCCUUCUACCGAGACGUUUGCUGGAACUCUUCAGUAUAUGGCUCCCGAAGUCAUAGAUAAAGGACAGAGAGGAUAUGGCGCUCCUGCAGACAUCUGGUCUUUGGGUUGCACGGUGGUGGAAAUGGCAACAGGCAAACCUCCGUUCAUUGAACUGGGAUCGCCCCAAGCAGCUGUGUUUAAGGUGGGCUACUACAAAAUGCACCCAGAAAUACCUAGUGAGUUGUCAGUGAAAGCGAAAAACUUCAUCAUUCGAUGCUUCAAACCGGAACCCGAGGAACGAGCCACGGCCGCUGAGUUGUUGGAAGACUCCUUCCUAUGCGAAAAGAAAAAGUCUUCCAACCGUUUGGGUAGUAACGUUGACUACAGCCGAAGCAUAUCCGUGCCCGCUGACAAGGUCAGACCCAACCCACAGAAGAAGAUCUCUGAACCGUGCAUGCCUGGUAACCUGCCUAGCUCGCCCGAUACCGAGGUGAAAACGAUCCGUUCGAACCCCACCAUUACGCGGACUGCCUCGUCGAUGCUAUCGCCGAUACUGAUAUGCCCACCGGACUUGUCAAACAGCAGCACAAUGCCGAACACUCCAUCGACGGAUGAAAUGGACAGCAGCGACACUAUACUGAAUAGACGAAGUUCUUCUGGAGGCCUACUCUCUCCUGAGGUGGACAUGACAAACGUGCCCCGUUCAUCGAUAGACGUGGAACACGACGGGUUCUACUUACUGAAGAAAGAUUCGCAGCGCCGUCUCACUCUUUCGCGCGUGUUAGAGCAGGACAGUGAGAAAAUAUGCUCCAAAUGGAUGCUGAGUGUCCAGCAGGACUUCGGGAACACUGUUCUUACCAUGAACCAUCUCGAAACCCUCCGCCGCGCACUCAAAGACUACAUAAUGGAUCAGAACAGAAACGUCAUAGAGCAAGCUAUAACUUCCCUAAAGGAGGAAUUAGACUUUGAUGCCAACGCGAUAAACGAGCUACAUUCAGCCAUAUACAUGUUUCAAGAAGCGGUGAAUGUUGUGUUGAGGAUGCAUAGUAUCAAGCCACACUGGAUGUUCGCGCUUGACAACCUCGUCAGGAAUGCGGUUCAAGCCGCCAUUACUGUUUUAUCUCCUGAGCUAGGCGCGAACCUAGCGGGCGAAUCCCGACGCGGCGGUGGCGUGGGCGCUAACGGUAACCAGGACAACGCGACGCCCUCCGCACUGUCCACCGCCACUUCCACACGUGACCACACGCUGCACCAACUGCGCCAGGAGAACCACAAGCUUCACCAAGAGCUAUUGGAAAGCUAUCAACAAUAUCAAGCCCUAUUACGACAAAUGCUUGAGGAGCAGAGAAUGCAAACACAAUUAUUGCGUGAAAUGGUCGACAAUAAAGUUCGGAGCAGAUCCCCAACGGAAUCCGAGUUAGACCCGGAGCUGUACGGGCCGCUGCGCGAGUGGGUGUCGUCCCGCGGCGUGCCGGCGGCGGCGGCGCGCGCGCUGGCUGCGCACGAGUUCACGCUCACGGACCUGCUGCGGCACGCGCAGCGGGAGGACAUCUCCAGGCUCAACCUCAAACUAGGCGUAGAAUUGCGACUAUGGCGCGCGAUUCUCGACCACCGGCUACAGGCGUCCCCUAACCUUCGGCGCACAAGCAGCACAGAAACAGACGUCGACACAAACUCCUUGGUCGUCGUCGAGUGCCAACGAUGAAUACCGAAGAAAUGCGGGGAUAUACGGUUUUUGAUAAAUAAUUGCACUUACAAAUGUGUUAUCUUUGUUAUUAGCAAACUAUAAUAUCAUUAACAAAUGCUUCCUGUGUGUCUAACUCACGUUUUUAUAACUUGACUGUGACUCGGCAGAUCCGUUCCAUAUAACAUAUGAUAAGCAAUUUAAUGGCAAUAUCACGUAGGAUUUUAGAUAUAACAUGUUGGUACAAAAUUUUACUUAAUUACUAAUGCAAUACUGAGGCAUGUGUAUAGGGAUGUAGUUCAAAUAUUGAGCUGAAUAUAUGUCUGUGAUGUGUCUGUGAGUUUAAAGAAACCGGAACUAACCUCAACUGUCAAACCUCAGGUUAGGUUAGCGAACCCUGUGAAAAAAACGGGAUAACGCCAGACAGAUAAUGAUGGGUUUUAAUCGCAUGAAUACCUAGUGUAAAAAAAUAAAAAGUUCCACAGACUUUUAUAGCACCCUACAUAAAUGCACUAUAAUAUACAAACGCAUACUUUGCAUAGCGCCAUGCUUGAUUUGCUCUAAUAUUUGCUUGAAGCCUAGAGUGUAUCAUCCACAGUUUAAAAAAAAUGUAAAUAUAAUUUUGGAAUCGUAUUAAAAUAACUUUUUAUAAUAAAUUACGUUUGUUACUAGUCUAUUGUAAAUAUUAUUUUGUUGUUUAAAAAACGUUUAUAAUGUAGUAAGCAAUAAUCGUUGAAGAAUUGGGGUCUAGAGUACGAAUUAAUCGAGUCGACUAACAAAUCGUAGAGAACUAAAAUUCGUUAAGUUGGCAGUAGUGCUCCAUACUCCCUCCGGUUGAUCGAGGGGAGGCCUGUGCCCAGAAGUAGAACGUAUACAGGGUGUUUGUGACAUCGUAACGAAACUGAGAGGGAUGAUUACGCUCAUGAUUCUAAGUUAAUUUCAAGUGGAAUUUCCCGUCGCAAAAUUCAUGUUCUUUUUGUUUUUUUAAUUAUUCUCAGUUCUAUAUUUUUGCGACGGAAAAUUCCACUUGAUAUCAGAAUCAUGGUCUAAAUAAUCCCGCAAAGUUUUCGUUACGAGGUCACUAACACCCUGUAUAGGCUAUUUAUGUCAUUUUAUGGUAGUAGUUUGUUAAAAAUGUUAAAGUAAUCAAUGAUUGUUAAUUCGUUUUUUAGAAAUUGUAUUAAUGAUAGCGAAAGAAACGCUUCGUCUGCCUUUGCACAAAAUGCUGUAUUGUGGUGCUAAUAAUUUGUGAUGGAAUAUUAUAAUAAAGAGUGCCUUAGAUCGACAAGCCUUAUAUGGGUUUGAACCCGACAUUAUCAUGUAAAAAUCGAAAGUAACGGGAUGUUAUAAUGAAUAUAAAUAUAUAUAUAUAAUGUAACUGUUAAACACGAGAGAAUGUCAUAUAAUAUUAUAUACUAUUUUCGUAAUAUCGCUAUCGUAUAAACUAAAGUUAAGCGCAUUGAUAUAUAAGUACCGUAGAUAAAGUGUGUCAUACAAAAAUACGACGAAAACUAGACGCUCACUUUGUUAUACAUUUAAAAAAAUCUUCAAAAUUACGUAGGUACGGUCGUCGUCUUAGCAUCUUUAGCGCGAGGUGAUUCGUAUCGCGGCCGGGUUAUACAAACCCGCAUGUUGCCAGUUCGUAGCCUAAUCACAGAGCAUGCAUCGUUAUUUCUCAAACUUUUCGUCCCAAUUUUUGAGCGCUCAUAUAUCGUCAUCAAUCAAUACUAAAGCGUCAUACCAUUAUGAAUGAAACGUCAAUGACCCAGGGUAUCUGGUCCGUGUCCGUGAAAGUGUUAAUAUAACAGAACAUUGGACAAAUACACAAACAUGUUGGAGCUGGUCUCAUAAUAAAAUAAGCAAUUCAUUUAGAAAGAUGCUAUAUCGUUGUUGCCAAUUUA